GGGACAACAACGACUUACGUACAGUUAACAAUAUGCCUCAAAACGAAUACAUCGAACAACAUAUCAAACAACAUGGUCGUCGUUUGGAUUACGAAGAGAGAAAGAGAAAGAGAAUUGCCAGAGAGGGACAUAAGAUUGCCAAAGAUGCUCAGACACUGAAAGGUUGGAAGGGUAAGCAGUUUGCUAAGAAGCGUUAUGCUGAGAAGGUUGCCAUGAAGAAGAAGAUCAAAGCCCAUGAGGAGUCUAAAGUCAAGGGACCAUCUAAACCUGUUGAGGACGAUGGAGAGGCGCUGCCAACGUAUUUGCUUGAUCGUCAACAGACCAACACUGCCAAGGCCAUCUCCUCUUCCAUCAAGCAAAAGAGAAUGGAGAAAGCUGAUAAAUUCUCUGUUCCUUUGCCAAAGGUGCGUGGUAUCAGUGAGGAGGAAAUGUUCAAAGUUGUCAAGACCGGUAAGUCUAAGUCUAAGGCAUGGAAGAGAAUGAUUACAAAGCACACGUUUGUCGGUGAAGGUUUCACCAGAAGACCUGUUAAGAUGGAAAGAAUCAUCAGACCAUCGGCUCUUAGACAAAAGAAGGCAAACGUUACACAUCCAGAACUGGGUGUUACUGUGUUCUUACCUAUUCUCAGUGUUAAGAAGAACCCGCAGAGUCCAAUGUACACCCAACUCGGUGUUCUUACAAAGGGUACUAUCAUUGAAGUGAACGUAAGUGAGCUGGGUAUGGUCACUGCAGGUGGUAAAGUUGUUUGGGGUAAAUAUGCCCAAAUCACGAACGAACCUGACAGGGACGGGUGUGUGAAUGCAGUCUUGCUCGUGUAAAAUUGACAUGAUGAUGAUAUUGCUUUGCUUUUUUUAAAGUACCCCCUCUUAUUCCUCUUCUUCACCUCCACAGUAUCGUGUGGUUUCAGUCGUAUGUGUUGUCGUUGUGUACUGUUGUUUUUUGGUUUUUGGGUUUUAUUCUUUUGCAUUAUACAGCAGGCUCGGAUCAAUUUUAUAGGGCCUGCGUGGUACAUUUCAACUUUCUAAUAUAGUACGUAAUUUGGUUUUCGACUCGAGGAUCUUCACGGUUACGGACAUGGU